AUGCCUUCCACCGAUACGGUGUCAAACGUCAGCGGACGGAACAGUAGAGCAAGCAAUGUCUCCGCCAACACAGGAGCUUCUCGAUCGCUUCGCUCUCCGCCUCCUCCACACGACUCUUGGACCACUGCAGGCGUUCUCAGCAUGUUAAAGACUUCUACUGAUACCGGGGAUAUUGGUGCACUCUCAUUCAACAGCUCUCGCCUGCCCACCUUGCCACGAAAUGCGCACACGAAGCGAGGGCACGUCAAGAGGCCCUCAACAUCAGCACCACCUCAGCAGGGCACAGGCGUCUCUUCCAACCACAGCUAUGCUCCAUCUCAGAACUCACGCAUCAGUUCCCAGUGGGAUGCGUCAUCGGCCCAUCGACGCGGUUCCCUCGCGAGUAUGCAAAGCAAUCCACCUUCCAUCCCGCCAGUUCACCUUAGCGGCAAGCCGCCUCUAGGGACGAUGCCUCCUACUCCAGACACCCGCAGAGACAGUCGCUCGUACUCCAUGACAUCUGCCCUUCCUGGCCAGACCUUGCCGAGACACCAGUCUGCGACCAGCUUGAAGAGCCAGGGACAUGAGCCACGACAUGGUCCGCGCAUGGCUGCUGGUGUACCUAUGCCUCCCGGGAUGGCGGAGAGCCGUCCAACCUUUGUCUACCCCACGAGGCUGAAGCGUCCAGGAUAUCGGUCGCCCUCCCCAGCGCUGAGCGAUACUUAUGCUGGCCACGUUCCGCCGCCUGGAGCGUACCCAAUUGGCAGAGGAAUGCCUGCGCCGCGUGGUCCACCUUCGGGAGCAUACAAUGGCUACACUGCCAACUAUCCCAUGGAAUACACCCAAGACCCACGUCAUCUGAAUGUGCGCCCUCCACCGCGCACCGCAAACAGCUCGCCAAACAAUGUGGUCUUUGAAUCCAAUCAGUACAACUACCGUGCAGGUCCGCCGAGGCAAGUUCCCUGUCUUGGUAUGCCGCAACAGAUGCCACAACCGGCAAUGCAUCACGGAAUGCCACCCAUGCCUGUCCCUCAACAAUCUCAACAAGCAUCUAGGGCACAGUAUGGCCCUCAAUACGCCGGAAGACCUGGCUACGCUCACUUUCCACCCAUGCAGUAUCCGGGUCAACGUGGACCACCUCCCAAUCCGCAGGUAGCUCCCAUGGCACAUCAGAUGUUUCACAACGCUGCACGCAUGGCUCGCCAUCUCCCACACCGUACUGACACGCCAAUGACCGAUCUGAGUCCUCCUUCGUCCGAUCCACCCUCUUCUGGCUCUGCGCCAACAUCCAGCAACCCGCCAACUCCAAAGAAUCAUACCAGCAUUCGGGUGGCUGUCGAUCCAGCUCUAAUCGACCCGGCCUUGAUGGACUUGCAAAGCUCUUCAAGCGAGCCUGUAUUGCCGGCCAAGUACUUUGAGUAUGCCGAUGGUCCACUCGAUGAGCAGGAAAUGGAGGUUCUUCACCCGUCUGUGCCACCCUCCGGAUUCGUACAACGGGUCAAAGCAAUGCUUGAGUCAAAGGCAAUGGUGGAGUCCGCCGCUGAGAACGACUUGAAUUCCCAUGAAGCCCUCUUACACAAUCACCAGCUGAUGCAUAGAUACACGAUGGAGCACGACCAAGACGAGGUUUCCGAGCUCCAGGAGUUUCACGAAAUGGCCGCCAACGAGACUCCUCGCUUCACUGUUGUCGAAGAGUUUGAGGCGCCGGUCGAGCUUCCAGCCUCACCGGUGAAGGUGCCUGAGCUCGAGGCCAAUGAGGUUGCAUCUCCGCCAUCUACACAGCGCAUCACAAGAGAUAUGAUUAGAGCCGAACUGGGACCCUCCAGUGCCGACAACACUUUACAGAAAUCACCUUCUGUAGACUCAGCUCCCAGCUUGAUAACUCGUCAGGAACAGCAUGAGAAAGCUCAAGACAACCCAGUCCCUUCUCCUGAUGAUCUCGACCACCAGGCAGAUUUUGACUCCAGAAAGUCGUCACCACAGCCAGUAGAAAGCCUACAUCAGAACAACACAGCCGAGAACGAGACCGUUACGACAGACAAUGUAUCGAUUCCAUCCGAAAUUGACUAUGCAUUAYGUUUCUGUGCUCCAGUGGAGAGCACCAUGUACGAAAACGAGACGCAGUCAAAAGAUCCAUUUGCUCUGGAUGCGGAUACCAUCACCGUUCAGCAACAGCAGCAGCAAGUCAAGGAGACCAGUCUGCAGGUGGAGAGUCAUCAAGAACUUCGAGACCCGCCGUCACCAGAGCUUGUGCGAGAGCCACGCUCCAAAGCAUUCUCCAUCGCACCCGUCAGUCCUCUUCGAUCUGAUGAAGUUGUCAAGAGGUCUUCGGCUGUCAGCCCUCUACAUACCUACACAAUGGGUAUCGAUGAGACGAUGGAUAUUGGCUCUCAGGAAAUGACAAUGACGACCAACGCGGAAGAAUCGGGUGAGACUGGACUCUACACAGAAGACUCGCUGCCGCCUCCGACCCCUCGAACUCCCAAGACAUACUCCAAAUCUGUGGAGCUCAACUCAAACGUGAAUGGUCCCGAUCAUGUCACCACCAACACGAAUCGCUUCUCUUUGCCAGGCGAUCUCAGCAUCAUGGGUGAUACCACGACUUGCAGCGCCUCUGAAAUGGUCACCGAUAUGGCUGUCCGCUUUUCUYUCCCAGGAACUACAAUCACAGUUGGCAAACCACAGAUCGUGGAUGUCUCGGCAGGUUCGACUCCAGACAAGCUGAGGUUCGAUUUUGGCCUACCACUGCAUACUUUGCAGAGUGCCGAACCACGCAAACGCACGUCGUCUGUCACCUUUGCGGACGAGGUUGCUCCCUUGAAUUUCCAAAAGAAGCAGGAGCCAUUACAUCUACAGAAAAUUCCCGAGUCGUCAGCUAUCAAGGCCAAGUCCAUCAUUCGCAAGCCGUCGCCCCGCGAAGACCUGACAGAGUCGAGCCGAACAACGUCCCGCGACAGCACUACAGAUCUGCGAUUCAAUAGCAACAAUGCCAUUUUCAUGUCGAAAGGAUUCGGUAGCCGGCACUUGCCUGGUCUCAAGGAGGAGUCUAUCGAGGACAUGAGCAUCUCCAGCCGGAAACGUUCCUCUGAGAUUGCAUCUUUCCCACUGCCGGCCCGUAUCGCUGCGGUCAAGGCCAUGCAAGAGAAGCGGCUUCAGGAGACUGCCGACAAGAACAAAGCUCGUCGCCAGGCUCUUCAGUACAAUAGAUCACUCGCUGAUAGCAGAGACCUACCAUCUUUGAACUUCAGCCGUAUGGACCUCAUUGACAAGUUGAAUCAAGCUCUGGACCUGCGGACCACAAAGUCGCUGGACGUUAUGCGUCGCCGCGAUUUCUCGGGAAUACAUUGUCCCUCACCCCAGCGACCUCUCAGUACGGAGCCUCUGCGUGAUCGCUACACGAGCUUCUUCAGCAAGCCGAACGAGUUCAGCUUCUUUGACGAGACGGACGACAGUGACGGCGAAGAUCAAGUGAUCGAACGUGAUAACAAGCAUGAUCCUGAAAGGCUGGAUAACCCAGACACCGAGAUGGCGCUUGUUCCUGUUUUGCAGAUUCAGGAGCAGACUGAGAUUGAAGGCGUCGAGCCUGGCAAGAGGCCACUUUCACCAGAGGACUUUCUCAGCGUCGCUAGUCAGGUCAAUCGGCUUUCAAUACCUUCCGUGAAUGGUCUCUCCGAACGAUUGUCUGAGCUCAUUCCAGGUCUGAAGAACCUCAACAGCUUGCAGCUUGACAAUGUCCUUUCCAACGAGGACGACGACAAUGCUCAUGCUGUUCAUGGCAGAGAGCUUGCGAGACCCGACACCGUCUUGACAAACCGCACUUCGGCUGGCUUCCGAACUCUCGCAGAACGAGCGGAAGAGAUUGUGAAGAACGGAACUCACGACUCGAUUAUUGCAGCCAUGAGGGCUUUGAGUUUGAACAUGAACAAGGAGUUGCCAGCUCUUCCCGGAUCUGCGUCGGUUGACAUGCUGGCUGGUAUUUCCACUGCUCCUGAUGUGAAGACUUGCUAUCUGAGCGGUUCCGUUUCGGUUCCUACAGAUCUUCAUAAGGAUCCGACACGUCCCGUGUCGGCCCUACUCAGGGCAAAGACGCCAACUACAGAGGAUGAGGUUCGGCGAAUGCUCCCGUCUGGGCUCAAUCCAAUCGCACGCAAUGCCAGACGCUCGAUGAUUCUGUCACACCCAACCAGCAGACCCUGGAAUCUGGAUAAGAACUACCCAUGGUCUGGAGACGAGGUCGAGAUCGAUCUCUCGGUGCCUGACGAGGCGCAUAUCCGCGCAUCUUCCACCAAGGAGGUUGUGCUCAAACGUGGUACUCGGUCUCUGGAUCUGACUAGUCGAGGGGAGGCAACCGAAAGCUCUCAAGGCAUCGACGUUGGCGAUCUUGUUGACACCCGGCUUGAUUCAACGGCAUCUCUUACUACGCUACAGCUUACCAGCAUCACACCGCAGCAUUUACGCAUUCCAUCGAAGCGUUCCAUCAUUGGGUCUAUCUCGAAGAAGUUUGGGCUGUCUGCUCGGUCUGGAGCUGAAGAGGACGCCACACUCAAGACUCUUCAAUCGCGCUCUCCAAUUGCACGAGUCUCGUCUGCCGACCACCACUCCCAUCGAGCCGGCGACCGCUACCCGACCAGUGGCCUGACUCCACCUGCGAACUUCAACAUCGACGAGGUACGCUCUUUCUUCUCCGACAACAGCUCAGAGUACGAGCGAACACCUUCUUUCCGCAAGCGACUGACACACUUCAAGGGCGCCAAAACCAAGUCCGCCCGCUUGGGAGCGCCGCGAGGUCACUCCAUCGACAUCGGCAACACGACGUACGAUGCCGGCUCCAUGGCCGAAGCCCGACUCGGCACCAACACUUCUGCCAACACUUACGACGGGGUCGGCAUGAGUAAGACGGAAUUCCACAUCAAGCGCUUCGGUGAGAAGCUUCGUCAUUUGUUCGCCAAGGGCGGCGAGCUCAUUCGCACCAUCAGCACCAAGUCGAGAGGGCGUGGACGGAUGGAUCACAAUCAGGWUGAGUGGCUGGCGGAUUCGCUGUAUUCCGGUGUGUGA